GACCAAAGCGGAAGUCGUAACUAAGAAAACGCUGCUAUAUUGACAACUGUUUCAAGCUAAAGCUAGCAGCAGCUCCAGCGUUUGUUCAAAACAAAACUUGUUUUAUUAGUAUAUUAUCAUUCUCUGUCCUCAUGGUACGAUGUUUUCUGAUCCACACCGUCGUCCCGGUCCAGACUCUGUCGUCCGGGGACAGCAGAGUCCUCUACUCCCGGAGCUUUGGUCCAAAUGAACUGGACUCAGAAUUAAGUCCGGAAGACAGGAGACUGUUAGAGAAGGAGAGGAUGCUGCUGGUGGUGAGACAGGUGAGGAGCACAGUCUCUCUGUCCAGAGAAGCUUCUGGGAAGCCUGUGGUGGAGAUGGUUCCAGGUGAAGAGACUCUGGCUCUCCAGGAGUCCAGCAGCGGGGUGAUCCGUCUGAGGGCAGGAGAACCUUUCCCAGAGGAGAUGAGCGCCAUCUGGCUGGCAGUUCAGAGUCUGGGCUUCACGCUGGUGUGUGAAGCUCAUGAGAACCUGCUGCUAGCUGAAGGAACGCUCCGAAACCUGGUGCGUCACUGUUUGGAGAGCCUGCAUAUGCUGGGACAGGGCAGCGAGGUUCUUCUGAGGAGCCAUCGGAUCGAUGCUCUGCUCAAUCGUCUGCUUCCUCACGGUCAGCUCCUCUUCCUCAACCACCGGUUCCACCACAGCCUAGAGAAGGAGGUCGCGGCCUACGUGACCAAGUGACCUGCACUGAUCCAGUCUUCAGAACCAAAGUCAAAGGUCACGUCCUUCUCUUCACUACACUUCAGUCCUGUAUGUAGAGAUGUCUGUGUAUUCAGUUUAGUAAUCUGGAACUUUGGAGAUAUUCAAGGAGCCUUGAUUUAAACACUUCUAAAGGGGAAUUCUGGGAAUUCUCAAAAACACACAACAGGUUUGAGGUUUGGUCAUCGAAAGACUCACGAUCGAGAGACUUGCGCACUCAAGCACACACAAUGGUGAGCCAGAGAUUUGAACUUCCUCUGAGUGGACUUUAAGAUGAAUGGUUGUGAGUCAGUAAAACAGCCACGGUGAUGAAAUAUCCUUCAAAUUCCAGGUGGGUUCCAGGAUGCUGCCUUGAUAUCCUGGAGCAUCAGAUUAAGGACAGUUCACUUCAGCUGAUGUUUCUGCAGCAGCAUGUGUUAAUUCUGUUCUGGCUGAGUCACUGUGUGGAAGGUUUGGAAAAAAAGUUUCAGAUUAGAGAUGAAGGAGAAGAAGAAGACCACCAGGAUCAGAAACACUUGAAACGUUGUGACAACAGAACAGUAAAUAAACUGUUUUUUUCUAACAAAAUCAAAAAGGUUGAUUUAAAAAAACAACAGGUGUCGAUGUGAUGGUAGCAAAUCAGAUCAGAGGUCAGAUGUCCUGACUUUUGUUUCCUGCUCUGUCAACAUUAAAAUCCUCUGAAACUUUGAUUUCUUUCUCUUUAACUUAGGUUUGCUUGGUUUUAUUGUUUGCCUUUCAUUUGAAAUAAAAACCAAACAAAGCCA